GUUUUCUUCUGUAGGGUUUCUUUUCUCUCUCAUCUCCCGCCCACCUCAUCGCUCUCUCUCUCUAUCUUUCCCUCUCUCACACAUCUCGUGAAUCGGUAUUCUCCCUGAAGCUUCAUUCUCCCUCCAUCUGGUCGUCGAUUUCGCCUAAGCUCACUUGUUUUGUAGAUGUUAAUCUUGAAAGAAGGUUUAGAAGAAUGCGGUGAAAACAUAUUCUGCUGAAAGCACAUCAUCUCAAAUGGUUUUGCUUUCAUUUACGUAGUUUCAAUGACACUUCGGUUAUUUUAGGUCAGCAAUGGGUCGGAAUCUUAGCCCAAUACUACGGCAAGAGUUGGCAAAUCUUGAUAAAGAUGGUGACAGUCGUAAAUCGGCAAUGAAAGCGCUGAAAUCUUAUGUGAAAGACUUGGACUCCAAGACAAUUCCACUUUUUCUUGCCCAAGUUUCUGAAAAUAAGGGAACUGGUUCUUUGUCUGGGGAGUGCACGAUUUCACUCUUUGAAGUUCUUGCUCGUGUUCAUGGUGUCAAAAUUGUUCCUUUGAUAGACAGCAUCAUGACAUGCAUAAUCUCGACCUUAGCUUCAAGUGCUGGGUCUUUUCCUCUUCAACAGGCUUGUUCGAAAGUGGUUCCGGCUAUUGCACGAUAUGGGAUUGACCCAACUACCACCGAAGACAAGAAGAGACAUAUAAUUCAUUCGCUUUGUAAGCCUCUUUCUGAUGCUCUCUUGGGUUCGCAAGAGUGCCUGACUUCAGGGGCUGCCCUUUGCUUAAAGGCUCUUGUGGAUUCUGAUAAUUGGAGAUUUGCUUCAGAUGAGAUGGUUAAUAAGGUCUGUCAAAACGUUGCCGGUGCUUUGGAAGAGAAAUCCACUCAGACCAAUUCACAUAUGGGUCUCGUGAUGGCUCUAGCAAAGCGUAAUGAUUUGAUUGUGGAAGCAUAUGCAAGACUGUUAACACAAUCUGGAUUGCAGAUAUUGAGUGCUGGGGUUGCAGAGGGAAAUUCCCAGAAACGUUUGUCGGCAAUUCAAAUGGUGAAUUUCUUGAUGAAGAGCUUGGAUCCCAGGAGCAUAAUCUCUGAGCUUGAGUUGAUAAUUGAGGAGAUGGAGAAAUGUCAGUCUGAUAGAAUGGCGUAUGUUAGAGGUGCUGCUUUUGAAGCUUUGCAAACUGCAAGAAAAAUAUCUGCCAUGAAGGGUUUGAAUUUUGAGAAUGGUCCUGGUUCAAUCACCGGGUCAAAUUUUAGUAGGAGAGAGCAUAGGAGGAAUUUUUGUAGUGGCGGUGAUAGAUCUCCUUCAUCUGCAUCGCCUGAAUCACAGACUCUUGACUCCUUUAUUGGAUAUGAUUCAUUGGGUGAGACGCCCAUUUCAAUGAGACAGGUUCCUCAGAAUUCUGAUUAUGAUCGUAGGAGUGUAAACCGGAAGCUUUGGAGUUAUGAGAAUGGAGGGGUUGAUGUGUCUCUUAAAGAUGGUUUGUUCUCAGAGAUUGUUCAGGGAAGUCCCAUGUCUAAUAAGCGCUCGUUGAAUGAUGAAUAUGCUUAUAAUGGUGAAUACUGUGCAGAGGAAUUUUCCGGGUUCUUGCCCAGAAAUCCUAGCAGUGGAAUUUCGAGAAGCACUACAAGUAGUCCCCAGAGGUCUCGCACUCGUAUUGAUGUUGACAACAUAAAGAUCUUCAAGACUCCAAGGAAACUCAUUUGCUCUCUUCAGGAUCCAAAUGAUGGGAACUCAGAAUUUUUUCAAAACCAAGGCAGAAGGUACAGAAGUCUAUCCUCGAGCAAUAUUCAGUGGAGCCCAUCUGCCAAAUAUGACCAAAAUUGUUUUUCACAUGACCUGAACUAUAAUGGCAAAGAAAAUGGAGGUCCUGAAUCAGUUUCAUCAACUGAUGAUGUUCUCAAUGAUGCUGAUUUGCGAGUGUCCCAGGAAGCUGUUCCCGACAAUAAAACUGCAAUUCAAAGGGCUGGUGUUCGAAAGGCUCGUCAAAAGACUGCUUUAAAAUUCGUUUGUGGGCUUGUUUUUGCUUCACUUGCACUGUUAACUCCACGGCUACUUUGGAUCAAUAUUCAGGAUGAAGGCUACUAUCUCGUUCCGACUUGAUGCGUCUCAUUAUGAUAUAUCAUAGUAAAUCAGGGUUAGGAUAAUUGUUUUAAGAAAGCCUUUUAACAAAAUAUGGGUUUUAUUGGAGGAUUUCUAUGUUAGUCCUGUAACAGUAUUUAGCGUUCAA